ACCAUUUUAGAGACGGUGCUUUGUUUCAUUACAGAGGACAGCACAAUGUGGCCCCAGCCUGUCCAGGCCUGACGCUGCCUCAGAGCCGCCUCCUAGAGCCCUCUCUUUUUGCACCCCUCAAUCAAGUGAACUCCUCUCUGUCCCUAAGUGCCGCUUCCUCCCGAUCACCGAAGCCCCCUCUGAGGUUCUUGCAACUCCCGUUCCCCCUUCCAGCAGUCUGUCUGCUCUGAGACAUUAGCACUUAAUUUCUUAUUCUUCAUUGCUCGCUAGAUUCUGGAAGCCAGGAGGGUGGGGCUUGCACCUCUUGGGAUCACCUCUCUGUCCCCCGAGGAUCUGGCACACAGUAGGUGCUCAAUAAAGGCUGGUCACGGCCUUCACAGAGCAGGGACCUCCCUCCACCUGCAGCUCAGCAGUUCUGUGGACUGCGGACAGCACUUGCGACCAGGUUUGUCCUGGUCCCGCCCCUGGGGCUCACCUGCUUAAGGAAACAGGAACAGCCCUGGGGGCAGCAGCCCCACCCCCGCUGACGUGCAGACCCUGAACCGAAACCGAGGUUCCUGCAGGCUCCCUGCACAGCGAGAGUAAGAGCCUCGGCUGCCCAGGGGUCUCCCAGCUGGAUGGACCCCUGUGGUCAUGACCACAAGCUGCACAUCAGCAAGAACCCUCUGGAAACUCUGAAGAAAGAAAAUCUAUUGCUUGCCAGCCCCGGAGCGUACAAGAUAAGCAGGUAACUGCUCCCCAGGAAGCCAUGAACGAAGCCGGAAAGCUGCCCCCGCCAUUGCCCCCACGACUGGACUGGUUCGUGCAGACGCAGGUGGGCCAGCUGGCCCAAGGAGGGGUCCCUGCAUGGUUCCAUGGUGCCAUCUCGAGAGAGGAUGCCGAGAGUUUGCUGGAGUCACAGCCGCUGGGAUCUUUUCUCAUCAGGGUCAGUCACAGCCACGUGGGCUACACGCUGUCCUACAAAGCCCAAAGCUGCUGCCGCCACUUCAUGGUGAAGCUGUUGGACGAUGGGAGCUUCAUGAUCCCUGGGGAGGAGAGGGUCCAUGCCUCGCUGCACGCCCUGGUCACCUUCCACCAGCAGCGGCCUAUGCGGCCACACGGGGACCUGCUGACACAGCCCUGUGGGCAGAAGGAUCCAGAGAACGUGGAUUAUGAGGAUCUCUUCCUUUACUCCAAUGCAUUGACUGAGGAAGUCACCAGCCCCACCCAUGGCCCCAGCAAACAUCAGAACCCUUCCUCCUGUUCCACAGUUGCACCUGAGGAGACCUCAGGAAGGCCCAUCCUGCUCCAUCGGCCAAAGGGAAGGAGGCCAUCGGCAAAGACAAGCAGAGACCCCAAGGAGGAGGCCACUUCCUCCUGCCCCCCGAAAGCCCCCCUUGAGGAGGCCUGCCAGAAACUCUGGAGAAACUUCAGGAUGCUCCCCGAGAUGGGCAAGAGGGUCCAGCAGCAGCUGAAACCCCACUCGGCACCUGUGAACUUGUCAUCGCUCUGGAAUGCUGGGCCACCAGCACUGGCACACAGCUCAGGGGCCAGGCCAGGUGACACACACUGGGAAGACGACGUCUCCACAGCCCACUUUGCGGCCACGUCCCUCACAAGUCCCGCACAGUCCCAGGAUCUGAGAGACGGAGGUGACCCCUCCAGGAAGGCCUCAAGAUUGGCCAGCGGGAGCAAGGUGACCCCGAGGGUCAGGAGUUGGCACCGAGUGGUAAUGAGGGCCCUGUCCUCAAAAGCAUCCAAACCGGAGACAGAAGGGUUGGCAGAAGCCCAGAGGGACUGGCUCCCUGAAGAGUACCUCACGCCGCCACCCUUUGCCCCUGGGUACUGUUAGAGCUUUGCCCUGGCUCUGGGACCCUUGCUGCCAGGGGCUGCUCACACCGGAACCCUGGUUGUCUGCCCACCAGCCCGCAGGAACCUGAAAAAUGUAAUAAAGACAUUGCUCGGGUCCGGCCCUGCCGUUGCCAGUGGGGUGACCUGGUUA